ACCAACUCCUACACAAUCAUCAACAGAUAUUUUAGAGGCGUUUGUAAAUUCAGGCUGUUUACACAUACAAAAAUACAUUAAAAAAUACGUUGUCGACUGUCUUGUCUGCAAUCAUUAAUAUGAUCAAUCAAGUUAUCAAUAAUAAUCAAGCUUCAUUUUUGUCAUUUGUCAGUUCACACUUCACAAACACAAAUUGUUGUUGUUGUAAAAAUUGCGCGAAAUAUUGUAACUUAGACAAAAUAGUUGCUAAAAUGAUAAUGAAAAGAAAUUUAUUAGAAAGUGUUACAAUUAUAUCUUGUUGUUCAACAUUACUCUGCGUGUUAUUCAAUUAUACGACUAAUAUAUCACCACUAACCGGUUAUUGGUUUGUUGCGUAUACUAUCAUUUUAUUAAUUGCAUCUAUUAUAUUUAGUGUCAAAAUAAUUCAAUGGUUAUUGCAUCUAAAUAAACCAUUGAAAUACGAUUUGGAGUUUAUCAUUGAAAAAUAUCCUUUCUCAGCCUUCUUCGUCAAAGUUCUGCCCUUAAUUUCGAAGAACACUAAAACUCUUCACGAUUGCAAGGAGUAUGAUACCAAUGAGUUAAGUGUAAUAACAUCAGUUUUAGAAAGGAAACUAGUUUCAUCAUGGUAUAUCCAUUACAUAUCACAAGAAAUAAGUUUCCCAUUUGCUUGUAAACAGAUGUUGGAUCAGAUGAUAAGCAAAGCAUUUCAGAUUAGCAAUAAAAUAGAAAGCAAAGAUGUCUAUGUUGAUAUAUGUGCAAUACUAAUAAGUCACCUAAAGGAAUAUAAAAAUGCAUUAAAAAGACAUGAAAAGCCCUCUGAAAAAUCAUUAGAAUCACUAUAUAAGAAAGUUCAUGAAAUAUCUGAUAUUAAAAAUAAAAAUACAGCUGUUGCCGAUCACUGUAUAAAUAUUAUGAGACUUGUUUUAAAAGAGCUUGUUCCUUGGGAGUUGUGGGAUACACCUCAUUCAGAACUGAUUGUAAGAAUCCUUGCCAAGAAACUAGAUGAUUAUGUAAACUGCACAAUUUCCAAUCCUGUCUGGUUAAAUGAUAAAAUAUUGUCAAUAUUGACUCCACCAGAAGAUGUACCUGAUAAGAAAACAAUGCCACAUACAAAGGUAGAAAAAAAAGAUUUAUCAAGUUUGCAAGAAGAUGAAAUAGCUGUUCAAGCAACUCAACAACCUGAAAUCAAGGACAUUUCAAAUAGUCCAUCUAUUAUUAAGGACAAUAUAAAAGCUACUGAAGAAAAUGAUAAAUGUAUAGAAGCCAAAGAAAUUUUAACAACUACAGAGCCAGUUGAAAUAAAAUCUGUGUUACGUCAGCGUAGAGGCAGGCAAGGGAAAAAUGAAGUAAAAAUAUAUGAUAGAGUCAUCGAGGGCAGUGUAAAGACAUGGGAGACAGAUAUGGAUCUCCAGUGCAUCAGCAUGGGUCAGGACCUUCUUGCAAGUCUGGAUGAGCUGACUCUCAGCAGACUGUGGGGCCAUGAAGAGUUAGAGACUAUUCCCAAUAUGAGAGGCAUCUCUCCUCAACCAUUGUGGUUUGGUGAAGAAGAUGCCAUCGACCUAGACCCAGAGCCAGCUAAAGAGACGAAGAGCAGUCCAAAAGCGGCUGAUGCCUUGUUAAAGGACAUUCAGAGCACAGUGAACCAGGCUAAGAGCAAGAUCGGAGACCUGCAGGUCCCGUUGCACGUAGACAAGCCUCCUGGUGACGAAGCUGCUGGCAUGAUGGAGGGACUGUUGGAUAAAGGCAUCGCGGGGAUUAAAAAAGGACUGAGAUUUACGGGACUCAGUGAUGACUCGCAGGAGAAGUCGCCAUCUCACCAGCGAGAAAAGCUUUCACCGACAGAAAGACGGGGCAAGCUGGAAUUGGUAACAGAACAUAGGGAUAUUAAGGAGUACGCUCCUAAAGACGACAACUGUGUUCCCCAACUAGUGAAGCAGCAAAGGCUUGCAUCUCAAGACAGCUCGUCUCAAGCCCGUCCCUGUGUUGAGGCCGGCGUGGCCUUGUCAGAGUCUCCGGAGCCGCAGUACGAAGAAGCGGCCGAUCUCUCGCACUCCAUCGCCAAACUGCGCUCUCUGCUCAACGAAGCUGCGCCCAGAAACGAGGAGAUUUGGUGGGAGACAGCAGAAGAAACGCGUGGACGGACUCAGACGCAUCACUCCGAGAGACACGUUGACACUGCCACUCUCGCCGACGAAUACGAUAUGAAUUUAGAAAGAAACGCGUCCCCGACUCAAACCCCCAACAACAUGCAGAGGCUCGACAGAUUAUUCCAACGCACGGUGACGGGCGUGUUCAACUCGAUAAAGACAGCCGUGGGAGCCGACGGAGAAGGCGAAGUGCCUCACAAGUGGACCUACGUCACCACCAACGUCGACACCAGCGUGGGCAACGCUGUGUCCCGUCUGCUGGGGUCUCGUCGUGCUUUGGCGCACGUAGACGCGGCGCUGGACUCGCUGCAACAACUGCCGUCGCAGGCGCAUCCCGAUGAUGACCUCGAAGAGUGGACGUGGGCGAGCGGAGUUUGGUGCGCGGCGUGCGAAGUGCUCUGCGAGUUGGGGCUCCUCGAAGACCACGUCUCCUUCCGCCUCGCCACGCUGCUGCUGGCCGACGUAGCGGAGACAUUGAUCUGUUCGUGGUUAGUAGAGCUGACGGCGUGGAUGAGGCAACAAUUGUUCGCCGUGUUUGAGAGAAUGUCCGAGUCGGAAACUGAACCCCAAACCCCCGAGACGUUGAGAAAGUUCGAUGUCGACGAAACGUGUCGAAUUAUUUUGGAAAAAAUUCCAGAAACGUACAUAUUCGGCGAAGAGAAGUUGAGUCGGGCCGUUCGUCUCCUGGUGACGAGCUUCAGCCACGAGAGCAUCAACAGAGACGUCGUGUUUCGCACCAUCGACGUAUUCGCACAGCAUUUUAUCAAUUCCGCCGCAUUCAAGAACAUUUCCUUCGACGCUAAUUAAAAUUAUAAUUUAAUGUAUCAGGAUUAGUUUAAGUAUUUUAUUGGCCGCUUAAAAUCUAAAAUCAUCAUCGCACACAUUUAAUUUGUAAUUGAAUACAAUAUAAAUCAAUAUUGUAUUCUUCUAUAGAAUAAAUACAUAAACAUAGUUAGAAAAUAGGAAUUAUUUUGCAUAUAAUUUACCACUGAUCUCUGUUAGACUAUGUAUAUGUUCUGUCAGUAAUAGCUUAAUUGUCGUUAAACACUUGUUGUUUCCUGUUUAAUACUAUUUUUUUUAGUUAAAUCAUUUGAACAAUAAUAUGUUCAUGUGAUUUGUAAGCAACGGUCGAUAAAGGAAGAAUGUUUCGUAUGCUCUCUAUUAUUUGAUCUCACUAUAAUUAAGGAAAUAAAUACCAAAAAUACAAUU